AUGAAGAACUCAGGAGUCACGGUUAUGGGGAUGAUUGGCGGAGCAGCCUCCGGAUCAUUCACGAAGGAUACGCUUGAUGGAGACCAGGAAACUUUCGACAGAUACUACGGUCAACUUAAAGAAGUCAUUCAGAACUUCGGUCUCCAAGGCAUGGACUUGGAUGUUGAGCAGCAAAUGAGCCAGAGCGGUAUUACCCGGCUAGUCAACCAGCUACGCAGCGAUUUUGGAGCCGACUUCGUUAUCACACUCGCCCCAGUUGCGUCAGCACUCCGAGGGGGAAGCAACCUGAGCGGAUUUGACUAUUCUACACUAGAGUCAAGCGACGGAGACGAUAUCUCAUUUUACAACGCCCAGUUCUAUUCAGGAUUUGGAAGCAUGAAAAGCCCUAGCGACUUCAAUGCCAUUGUGUCGCGCGGAUUAGCCCCGUCUAAGAUUGUUGCCGGACAGCUAACAUCCGCUGACAAUGGCUAUGGUUACAUACCGUAUGACCAGCUCAACUCGACUAUCGUGCAACUACGCAGCCAAUACAGCCAGAUUGGCGGAGUGAUGGGAUGGGAAUACUUCAACAGCGAACCGGAAGGCACUUUUAAGCCAUGGGAGUGGGCCGAAAUCAUGACAGAAAUACUUCGACCAGGACAAGCCCGGAAACUGCAGCUUUCGGCGUCGGAUGUGAAGAGGUUGCAGAAGGCAUAUCGAGACACUGUCAUGGCCUCGAAUACACCACAGGCCAAUGUUGCUGCUGUCGAGAAAGUCAACUAUACCGCGUUGGCAAGCAUGUGA